CUCCAGGCAGCGGCGGCCUGGCACCACUGAGCCGCAUGGAGGCCAUGGCUGGCGGAACCCCGCAGAGCCGGCGCCGCCGCGGCUGCCAUGGCCGGCGCCGCUGACGAGGCGCUCGAGCUCGCGGCCGGGCUGGCGAACCUGACCCAGGUCUGCAGCUUCACCGACUGGGGCUCCUGGUCGGCGUGCGCGUGCUCGGAGGGGGCGUACGGCAUCGCCGAGAGGAGCCGGCGGCGCAGCGUGGUAUGGGAGGCCCCGGCCGGGGAGGAGUGCGUCGACACAGACAACGGCACAGCGCUGUGGGGCUGGGUGGAUUGCGCCUUUUUGUCUGACAACCCCAGCAGUUGCGACUGGCUCGUGAACUACGGCGAUUACGCGCACGUUGGCUACUACGUGGAACUGUGCUGUGCGUGCGGAGGCGGGACCACAAGGCCAGCGGGGGGUCUCUGCGACCAGCCAGCCUUCGUCGAAGAGGUCCAGUUCUGCGGCGCGGCGUGCUCUUCCGCCACCACGGGCCCGGACGCCGUCCCCGCUAGCGGGUGCGAGUGGUCCGAGUGGGGGGCCUGGUCCGCUUGCUCCACGUGCCUGUCCUGCACCAGCCGCGGCUGCGGCCGCUUCCGCAACAGGCACGCCCUGCAUGAGGCGCUCUCCGGAGGCAGCGCUUGCUCUGGAGAGGGGGACCGCCGCGGCGAUGGAGCCCUGCGAGGCGUGCCUCGGCGCCUGGGAGCUGGCCGCCCUGCUGGCCGCGGGCGCCUCGCUCCUCGGCGCCUCCCUCGCGCUGCUCCGCCUGCGCUGCGCGCGCCGGCGGCUGCGCCUGAGCUCCGUGCUGCCCGCGCUGCAGGACGAGGACGACCGGCCAGAGAGGGACAUGGAGGGCGCCGCGGGCGCGCUGCCCGGCUACUGGGCCAACGGCGACCCCCGCCGGAAGGAACUUCCACGAGCUCGUGCUCGUGGACCCCGGGCUCCACGGCGUGUUCGACGCGCUGCUGCAGGCGACGUUCCAGCCCCGCUGCACGCCCACCACAGGACCGCCCCUGCCCCCGCGGCACGUGCGCGAGGACGCCCCUGGGCUGCCCCUGCGUGCAGCCCGGCGGCGACCCGGGGCUCCCCGUGGCCUACAGGGUCCGCCGCGUGAUCCGCGUAGAGAGCACGAGGAUGUGGAGCAGGUACCUCCAGAGGCGGGCGGAGAUCGCGAGCGCGCGGGCGCAGGAGUGGCCGUGCACCUUCAGUCCGCCCCUCCGAUCUGCGGCAUGCCUUGGCGACCAUCCCGAGGUCUUUCAGCCGCUGGACGUUUCCGUGAACGAGGCGUACGGGAUACACGGCACCAGCGCUCGGUCCGCUCUUGGCAUCGGACGAGAGGAUUUCAGGAUAGACCUCGCUGGAAGCGGGGCGGGUACCAUGUACGGACACGGAUCGGAUUUGGCGGAAAGUAGCACCAAAGCCGACGAGUACUCAAAGGACGACGCGUCUGGCACUUACCGCGGUAUUUUCGCAGCGGUGGUUUCCCGAGUAUGCAUGGGCAAAUUCCGAUACACAACUGAGCGCGACAAGUUGGCAGAGUAUUUGUUUCACGCCGGAGAGUUCGACAGCACCUUCGGAGACCGUGAGGCGUCGGUUGGCACAUUCCGAGAACUGGUGGUCUACGACACCGACCAGGUCUACCCAGAAUACAUCUUGCUCUACGAGCGGGUGCAUGCUGCGAGCGCAAGUGAGACGCCGAGGAAUCCGCAUCCCCUGCAGACCGAGAUCCCUGUGUACUGGCGCCACUGCCACCUCGACCCCCUCCGGGAGCCCUUCUUCCAGCUCUGCAGCCUCCGCUGGAGGAUCAGGGCCUCGAGCAGCUGCACGAGCUGGCCGCGCGCUCUCUCGUGGGGCCGCGCUGGCAGGUGCUCCGGGCGCGGCGCGUGGAGAACUCGGCGGUGUGGGCCAGGUACGCUGCGCACAGGGCUGGCCUGCUGGAGCGUCUCUGCGGCAGCGAGGCCUUUCCCAGCGUGGCCGACCUCGUCGGGACGCGUUCCGAGGACGAGCUGCUGACCGAGCGGCUCCGCAGCAGGACCUUUGCCGGAGGUGCGCUCUGCGCCGGCCACCUGGACGAGCGGCUCAACGAGCGGCUGCUCUGGCACGGGACGUCGCGGGCGUCCGCGGAGAGCAUCGCGGCGCACGGUUUCGUGGUGCCCGAGCUCGAAGAGGUUAGGCACGGGCUGCGCUUCGGCAGGGGCGUGUUCUUCUCGGAGCACCUGGAGAGGAGCCUGGGCUACGCCUCGGGCGACCUCGGGGUCCGCUUCGUGCUGCUCUGCCGGCUGGCCUGCGGGGACGUCUUCUACACCGACAGCCUGCAGGACAGCCUCGCGGACGAGAAGGCGCGGCGGGCCGGCAAGGACUCCGUGCUCGCCGAUCCAGGCGGCGAGGGGCUCCACGAGUUCGUGGCCCUGCGCGCGGAACAGGCGUAUCCGGAG